AGUCAUCUUCCAACAUGACAUCGGUUCUUCAGUUUGCAGUCCUUGCAUUGACAGUGGUCGGGGUUUUCAGCACCGCCACAGUUAGUGACGAUCCUGUCCUGCAGAGGGAAGUAGAAGGCAACAUCGCUCAGGCCCUCUACCAACAGCAAGUCAUCAUCAACGCGCUUGACGAUCCUGCGUUCUCCGAGGCCGGUUGUAACUACUCCACGAUCAAAGAAAUUGUUUCCUAUGAACUUCAGGACGUCAAACUGCAGUUAGGUCUUGUAAAAGAAUCCGUCUCAGAGCUUGCAGAGCUUUUGAAAAACAGGCCAGUUUCCCCUCCUCCGCCCCCAGUUACUCCUCCUGUAACUCCUCCCCUAAUCCCCAAGGACUGUUCUGAGGCUUUUGCACACGGUGUGAAUACCAGUGGUGUGUAUACAGUUCAGCCCUUGGACGAUGAAGGGCCCAUCGAGGUGUACUGUGAUAUGACGACUGACGGUGGCGGGUGGACGGUGUUCCAGCGGCGCCAAGACGGCUCUGUUGACUUCUACCGUAACUGGGAGAGCUACCGCCAGGGCUUUGGCGAUGUCGACCGUGAGUUCUGGCUCGGAAAUGACAACCUGCACCGACUUACGACGCAGGCCGAGUACCGACUCCGCGUCGAUCUCGAGGACUUGGACGGCAACAAAAGGUCUGCCGUCUACAGCACGUUUCGUGUGGCUAAUGCAAGUGACAAAUACAGGUUGACUGUGGGAGGCUAUUCGGGAACGCCUGGGGAUUCACUGAGUUACCAUAACAAUCAAGUCUUCACCACCAAGGACCGCGACAACGACAAGUGGAGUAGUGACAACUGUGCCGUCAUGCGCAAGGGCGCCUGGUGGUACGACGGGUGCAACUAUUCCAAUCUGAACGGCAAGUACGGCAGCAUGUCCUCAGACGGAAUAGUUUGGGGGACCUGGAAAGGGUAUUCUUACUCAAUGAAACGCACAGAGAUGAAAAUGAAGGCCAAAAUAUAACUUACCUUACAGACGUUGGUAUUUAGCCGAUGCGUUCUUGUCGAAAGCCCUUAAAAAGGUCACUGGGUUUUCUGUAUCCUUCCUCUAUGGUUCAGUUUAGCCGUUUACUUCAUUGGAUUUUAAAAGGAUUAUCGAUGUCUAAUCUGGGAGAUGAAUUUCCAAUGACUCAUGAGAACAAAAUAAGAUAAUCCUUCCACUAUUCUAUUAAAGUUGAGCUCGUAGAACAUUGUCAAUUUAAUACUAAUUGCAAAAGGAAAUAUUUAAAAGAUGUUACUUUUUUUCAAGCGUCAGUUGCAGCAUCAAAUCCAUGAUAAAUCUUGCACUUCUCUACAACCUCUCAAUUUAUUUUGCGGUGCAAAAUCUGCACUUUGCUGACGGACAUAAAAAGACGUCUGUACAUUUAUGUGCAUGAUGGAUACAAUAUAUUUUAAAAAAUUUAAAACUGCCAGUGAGGGAAAAUUGUCUUCCAUAUUUUCUUCCUUUUAGUUUAUUUAAGUUCAAUUAAAGACAUUAGA